CCGCCCCCAAUCCGAUCAGACGCCUAGCUUAGGGUUUCAGGGAUUCUUCCCACCUCUCCCUCGCCCCCUUCCUCCCGCACGCCGUCGCCAUUGACGCGGCGGGCGCACGAACUCUCCCCCAGAUCUGACCAAUCCACCCUGCGAAACCCUCGCCUGACGCACACCGAAUCUCGCCUGGAACGGCGAAGAGUUCGAACACAAUCUGAAUCGCUGUCGUCACUAAGACCAGACACAUGCUACACCUGAUUUCUCCACCCUGAUUGUUUCUAGAUUUUUUUUCUUGUUUCGGACGCUUCAUAAGAACAGAUCUGCGAGCAAGUUCGCAGAUCUAUCUAUCUGUGUGAGGACCAGACCCGACCCCUUGUUUUUUUGGACGAUCCGAACGAACUUUGACCUAAGGAUUCGUUUGAGAUCUGUUUGCUGUUCUGUUGGUUUCGAGAGAAUGAUCAAGUCGAUGGUAUAUUUCGGGAACACUUCCAUCGGCGAGGUGGAGGUGUGGCCCAGCGGCGAGACGAGCCUGGCCGCGGCGGCGUGGGCGCGAGAGAUCCGCGUUGACCGCCUUUCCCCGCCCAGCGAGCGGUGCCAGCCGCUCGCCGUGAUGCAUACCGUGGCCAUCGGUGCUCGCUGCCUCGUCAUGGAGUCCAGACCGCCCAAGGCAGCCGAUGAGCCACCCCAGCCUCUCGUCGCCAUGCAUGCUGCUUGCCUCAAGGAAAACAAGACUGCAGUUGUUCCACUAGGAGACGAAGAAUUGCAUUUAGUGGCUAUGACAUCCAGGAGAAACCUGACAAAUCAUGCAUGUUUCUGGGGGUAUAAAGUGCCAUUUGGUCUGUACAAUUCUUGCUUGACCAUGUUAAAUCUUCGGUGCCUUGGGAUCGUGUUUGACCUUGACGAGACAUUGAUUGUCGCCAAUACUACACGGUCUUUUGAGGACAGAAUUGAUGCACUUCAGAGAAAGCUGAGCAAUGAGACUGAUCCACAGCGCAUAAAUGGUAUGAUAGCAGAGAUCAAGAGGUACCAAGAUGACAAGUCUAUCCUAAAGCAGUACAUUGAAGGUGAUCAGGUCUAUGAUGAUGGAAAAGUGUAUAAAGUGCAACCUGAAGUAGUUCCGCCAUUGUCUGAUAAUCAUCAACCAAUGACACGUCCAGUAAUAAGAUUACAAGAGAAGAAUAUUAUCUUGACAAGAAUAAACCCUUUGAUAAGGGACACCAGUGUUCUUGUACGGUUAAGGCCAGCAUGGGAGGAUCUUCGGAGCUACUUGAUUGCUAGAAGUCGCAAGCGUUUUGAGGUCUACGUGUGUACAAUGGCUGAGAGAGACUAUGCCUUAGAAAUGUGGAGGUUGCUUGAUCCAGACUCAAGAUUGAUCAACUCUGUUCAACUCAAUGACAGAAUGGUGUGUGUAAAAUCCGGUUUAAGAAAAUCCUUAUUGAAUGUUUUCCAUGAUGGAUCCUGCCAUCCUGGAAUGGCACUAGUAAUUGAUGAUCGACUUAAAGUUUGGGAUGAGAAGGAUCAAUGUAGAGUUCAUGUGGUUCCUGCAUUUACUCCUUAUUAUGCACCUCAAGCAGAGGCAAACUGUUCUAUCCCAGUUCUCUGUGUUGCCAGGAAUGUCGCAUGCAAUGUUAGAGGGGGCUUCUUUAAGGACUUUGAUGAUGGUCUUUUACCAAGAAUUAGCAAUGUUUCUUAUGAGGAUGAGAUCAAUGAAAUCCCAGCUGCUCCAGAUGUUGGCAAUUAUUUGAUUUCGGAGGAUGAGACUGUUGCCACAGUGAAUGGGAACAGGGAUUCAUUGGCUUUUGAUGGUAUGGCUGAUGCUGAGGUUGAGAGGAGAAUGAAGGAAGCCUCUGGAAAUGCUCAAGCUUUCAAUUCAACAGGAGCUAACUUUGUGAUGCCAGUACUCCCUGGUCAAAAUUUUGUUUCAUCUUCAGUACCACCGGUAGCCCCACCCAUUGGCAUAGUACCUUUGAGUAAUAAUCAGGCUCCACCUCCAUUCACCCAACCAGUUGCUCAACAGAGUCUCUCAGAUCCAUUGCAAGGCUCUCCAGCUAGGGAAGAGGGUGAAGUUCCUGAAUCUGAGUUAGAUCCUGACACGAGGAGAAGACUUCUCAUAUUGCAACAUGGUCAAGACACCAGAGACCCUACACCUCCUCUUCCAGCAAUACCUCCAGUUCAAGUCCCAGUUCCCCCAGUCCAACCUCAUGGAAAUUGGUUUCCUGCAGAGGAUGGCAUAAAUCAAAAUAAUCUAAACAGGGGUUCUGCUGGAUUCCCUAUAGAAUCCGAAACUAUGCACUAUGAUAAAAAACAACCACCGCACCCAUUCUUUCAUGGUGGGGAAAAUCCUAUAUCCUCUGAUAGAUUUAGUUAUCAGAACCAGAGGCUUCCCUCUCAGCUGCCACAUACUGAGGAUCAUCGCAUUCUUCAGAACCAUGCACCGCCAAGAUACAGAUCCUUUCCUGGUGAGGAGCCAGCAACUCGGCAUGUUUCUUCAAACCAGAGACAGAUAGUACCAGGACAACAAUUUGCCCGGCAUGCAGGGAGCUCUGCUGGCAUACUAGAGGAAAUUGCGGUGAAGUGUGGGUCUAAGGUGGAGUACAGGUCAGCACAAUGUGAUACUGCAGAUCUACUGUUCUCAAUCGAGGUUUGGAUUGUUGGAGAAAAAGUUGGUGAAGGCAUUGGCAGGACAAGGAAAGAAGCGUUGUGUCAAGCUGCAGACAUUUCAUUAAGAAAUUUAGCUAAUAAAUAUUUAUCAUCUGAUCCAAAUAAGACGACUGAUAUGAAAGAAAAUGGUUUUGGUAGCAAUACAAACAUUUUUGGAUACCCUGCAAGUACUAGAGAUGAUGUGCUGCCAAUUGCAAGUACUUCAGAAGAAACUCGCUUUGUGAAGAUGGGGGAGAACAAUUCAAGAAAAGCAGGAGGUUCUAUUGCUGCUCUAAAGGAACUUUGCACGGCUGAGGGAUAUAACUUAGUUUUUCAAGCUCGAACAUCCGAUAGCUCAGCUGGCAAAGAAACUUAUGCCGAGGUAGAAGUUUGUGGGCAAAUUCUAGGCAAUGGAAUGGGAAUAACAUGGGAAGAAGCUAAGCUUCAGGCUGCUGAUGAAGCUCUUGGAAUGUUGAGAUCCAUGCUUGGUCCACUUGCUCAGAAAAGAUCUAGUUCACCAAGAUCACUGGCACCCACUUUUGACAAGCGCUUCAAGCCAGAUUUUCCACGGGCAGUGCAACGGGUUCCUUAUGGUAGAUAUUCCCGAAUUGAAGGCCAUGUUCCUUGACGGUUACAUGGAUGCAUUGGUUCUCAACUCUGGGAUCUUUUAGCUAGACGAGACCUAUCAACUUUGCAGAGAAUAAAAUCCUGCCAUCUGGUGAUCUUACGAGGCUCCUUCCGGCAUCGGUUGCUGCUGAAAACAAGAACGGUUAUGGAUGCACCAAGAAAUUGUGGUGGCGGCCAUGCCUUCGUUUUUGAUACUUGUUGGGUCUCGUCUCACGUUAUUGACAUGUUUGACCUGGAAGUGUGGCCAUCCUUGUGGAUAUCCAAACUUACUUCAGCCGUGUGCCUUCUUCAGCUUCAGCCUUCAGCUCAACUUGGGGCACUUGCUGCAAUCCGUGGUUGCAGAGGCGGCUGAGGCGCAGCGAUCGUUUGACCUUUUUUUUUUCCCUUGUUGUACAACUUUGUAGCGUAGGUUUAGAGUAGAUAGCCAAUUUUGUUGCGGUGAAAGUAGGUAUUAAGCCUACAUUAAAUCCGUGAUUAGUUCAUUAGGUCAGUGGUGACAAAAUUCAAGCUAGAUGCUUAUUAUUUGUUUCACUAUGUGUGGAGUCAUUCUUUAUUACUAUGUUAAUUUGUCAUUAUUUGUAAAGCAUUUACGUUUGUUGCUGGUGUUACCUCGCAUCACAUUGCACGAUGGACUCCUGACUACGAAGUU